AUGUCGGAGCCCGAACAGCGUCUCUGGGCCACAAUCCAAAAUGACAUUCUCACAUUCCCCGCCUUCGUCCACCUGCCAAUCUCAGCUCGUCCUGAAAGCCAACACCUGUUAACUAGCAACAAUGUCGAAUCGGUCAAAUGCAUCUCCGUAUCCACAACGACGCUGCCUCGUGCGGUCUAUCUGAACCAGUCAAGCGCCGACUACGAGACGUUGUAUCCUCGCGCCUCUUACAAAAGCCAGAUCGCUUUCCGAUGGGGCAUCUCCCCGGAUGUCAUUCGCGCGCUUUCGGUCAACCUCGACGGAGAACGUGUACUCAUCGAGGACAAGGACGACUGGGGGGACUGGGUCAGCACGUUCUUCUUCAGGCCUACUACGCGCACGUCGGGCUUUUCUCCCUCUGGCUCGCAACAGAGGCAGGAGUUCGUCACGCCGCCCGUUCACAUCCACGUCAUUGUCGACGUCCCUGGCGAGCAACACGCCGCCACCACUUCAACAUCAGCAAGAGGCGGCUUGGGUAUAGCUCCUAGUGCUCCACCUGCAUACCAGCCAGAAGAUGGGACUGGAGCAGCAGAACAGUCGCCAUGUCGAGAGACACCGAAUGCGUCUACCGAAGCCGCUGUUCCAGACCCACCUGCAUCUGUGAAUGCCCUCGUCAACAAUGUUGUUGGCACUGUCCUACAAACACUCCAACCGCAGCUUCAAGCUCUGCCACAAUCUAUCUUGAGCUCGCUGUCAGCUUCUUUGGCAUCUGCGAAUCCAAGCUCGAUGCACCCCUCUGGCAAUCAAGCUGCGAGUCCCGUUCCUGCACCCGUUCAACCCAGUACUCGCCAGGAGACGCCCAAUACAACACAGCGACAAUCUCUUAUCGACGGGCUGUUCGACGAGCUAUCACGCCUUCGGGCACAGCAACCACCACCUGUCUUGUCUUCGUCCUCUGCACCGCAACCUCCACUGGCCAACAAUGAGUCGACGGAAGCAGGGCCAAUGGACAACGAGCUGAGUCAAGCGUUUGCUGAGAUGCUUGCUCGGCAGCGCUGCGGUGAUUCCACUUCCACUUCCACCGCUAGUGCUGCCAGUGCCGCUGAUGCGGCAGCGACUGCGCAUGUGCCCAUGGCGGAGGAAGACGACGAGUCGCUGACGAUUGUCUCUACGCCUUCUAGCUCACGUCGUUCCUCGCGUUCCAACUCACGGUCGCGAGGGGGACGACGUGCAUUCAUCUCGAGCACCACAGUCCUGCUGCUCACUCUCGUCACCUGCAUCUUGGGCUUUGUCGCACCGGUGAGUGCGUCGCCUCGCCGCGUUGCUGCACUGAACCCGCGCGAUGCACCGACUCUACCCGUCGAACCGCGCCAGAACAGUCGACACUUGCAUCUGUGCAAAUGUACGUGUUUCCAGACCAACUCGACGCUCGUGCCGCUGUAUUCGCCCAAGGACCCGUCGAAUCCGUGUCUGACGUGUACGCGCCAGUUUUGUCUCGACCAGGGGCUGGACAUAUGCAAAGGGGCCAAGUUGGAGCAUACAGAUCACGAUGUGGGGACGGGUUUGGAGGGGGAUGUGUGGGCCAAGUGCUUUGAGAGGGAUAGUUAUAAGGACCAGUCGAUUAUCACCUUGUAUAUUCUCGUGGUGCUUGGGUUGGUGGCGUUUGCGGCUAUGAGGGGCAGGAUGGAGGGGUGGUAUCAGCAGUAUCAGACCAUGGGACCGCAGGGGUUGUACAACGCUGUAAGGGAGUCGCCCUGGACGAGGACUUCGAGGUGA